UAUACAAUUGGUUAUAUUUUUUUGGUGACAUAUAAAAGCGCAUGUUUUUAAGUUUUGCGUAGGGCACAAUCUUACUCUUCUCCGAUGAAGAAACAGAAGCUGGAGGAUGAAUUAGGUAAAGGAAAAACUCAGAACGAGAUUUGUGCUGUAGGGAUCCGAGAAGAGAAAGAUAAUGAAAUUGAGAAUGAUAAGGAUAAAAUUCCACACUAUGAUCGUACUGAAAAUGGAUGUGGCGCGCCUACCUCUCCUGGUUACAGCCCUGAUUACUCUUACGGCCCUUCCUCUUCUUGUUACUACCCUUGCUCUCCUGACACAUCCCUUCCUCUCCUUACAACCCUCACUCUCCUGAUCACAUCCCUUCCUCUCCUUACAACCCUAACUCUCCCCCUACAUCUCCUAGUUACUACCCUUCCUCUCCUGAUCAUGAUCACUUCUCUCCAAUCCUUACACCCCUCCCACUCCUGGUCGUCGCACCCCUUCUUACUCCCCUCGAUACAUCCCCCUUCCUCCCCUCAAUACCUCCCUACAUUUACUCAAUACACCCCUACCUUAAGCGACAUGGAAGCUGAAAAGAAGACAUCUGAUCAUCUCAAAAAGAUUGGUCAUGAAAGUAGCCAAGUGGAUGGUGGAAAUUACCAAGAUGCUGAGGGCACUCGCAUAAUUCAUGUCCCAUGUUUAAAGGUAGCUCUACUGGUUGGUGCUGCGGCGACUUUACGGUUUCUUCAGCACAACCUUUGUGCUCGAAUCCGUAUUUUGAAGGAUUCAGAGGUUGACUUGAAGUCUGCACUAAGACCAGUGGAACUAACUGGAACUGUUUUACAGAUCGAGUUUGCUCAGCAGCUUAUCGACUCUGUUCUAGCAGAGGAGCAUCAUGAAUGAUAAACCCAUGGAAGAGGUAACUAAGAAACCAUCUUCUCAGAAAGAUUGUGAAGCUCUUCCCGAGCAAGUCCUUACCGAGUCUGAACAUCUCACGUGUGAUGCAGCAACCUCUCCAAGGAUAUGAAGCUGUUCAUGCGUUAAUAUCUAUAUUUGCAAGUUUUAUCAGAUUUUUAUCAAACCUCUCAAACAUUUUAUAACCAUUCCGGAGACUAUUCUCGGUAAUUAAACAAGCCGUGUAUAAGGAUUUUAUU